CGAAGUUUCUUCCUUCGCACCAAAGGAAGAAAACAAACACGGCCUUAAAAAGAAGAAAGGAAGAACUUAACGUAGAACCUAGGACAAGCAAGCUCCUUGUCUUCCUCUGUUUUGUCUCUCUGAUCAACUCGUAAGCUAACUCAGUUUAGCUCAAUAGACAAAAAUGAGUCUGGAACCUUUUAUUUACAGCUUCGUGGCUCGAGGAACAAUGAUCUUGGCCGAGUACACUGAGUUCACUGGGAAUUUCCCAGCUAUUGCAGCUCAGUGUUUGCAAAGACUCCCUUCUUCUAACAACAAGUUUACUUACAACUGCGAUCACCAUACCUUCAAUUUUCUUGUUGAAGAUGGUUACGCUUAUUGUGUUGUUGCCAAAGAUUCUGUUGGAAAGCAAAUCUCUAUUGCAUUUUUGGAACGUAUGAAAGCAGAUUUCAAGAAAAGAUAUGGGGGUGGAAAAGCAGAUACAGCUAUUGCCAAAAGUCUCAAUAAGGAGUUUGGGCCAAUUAUGAAGGAGCACAUGAAAUAUAUUAUUGAACAUGCUGAGGAAAUUGAAAAGCUAUUAAAGGUCAAGGCUCAAGUUUCAGAAGUUAAAAGUAUAAUGUUGGAGAAUAUUGACAAGGCAAUUGAUAGAGGAGAAAACCUAACGACUCUUGCUGACAAGACUGAGAAUCUACGUGAUCAGGCCCAAGCAUACAGGAAACAGGGUGCACAAAUCCGUCGUAAGAUGUGGUAUCAAAACAUGAAGAUAAAGUUGGUGGUUCUUGGAAUCUUGCUUCUUCUAAUCCUUAUAAUCUGGCUUUCUGUUUGUCAUGGAUUUGAUUGCACCAACUAGCAAGUGUUCCGAGUCUGAUGGAGAAGUAAGGUUGUGAUGUAGCCAAUGAGCUUUUUGGACAGCUUUGUGUUCAGCAGGGAUGGUUUGGUCAAGUCUUAAAUGUUUCUUACCAUCUUUGUGAGUUGGUAUUGGGAGGUUUUAGGACUCAUUGAAACACAAAGACAUGGAAAAAGAGAGAAAUAUGUGCCAUGUAUUAUACUUAGUGGCCUUGUCAGAAGAAAAACACAAUGAUUUUUUGGUUUCUUGCUUUUUACUUUUAUUUUAUAACAAUAAAACCCAAAAAAGAAAAGAUUUUAAUACAAUGAUGAAUGACUAACUGUAAUUUCUUGCAAGAAUAAUUAU